GAACCUUUUUUUUUUUUUUUUUUUUUUUUUUUUUUAAUUUUGGCGUUGGAGUUCCCCUCAAAAUCCAUACCAGACCCAAAGGACUUGGUAUGGAUGUCACAAGGGCAGCAAGUGGGAAAAAAAUAUCCAACAUUAAUUUAUGCAGGCCAUACAUGGUUUGAAUUCCAAACGAUUUUUUGUCCAAAAAUCAAAAACGUUCGCUCAGUAAUCCGAUGGUGCCAUCAAUGAUUUCGAAAAUCGGCCGACCAAGUCAUAAAGUUCACCCCAUAUAACAGGCGAAACUUGUGUUCCUUCCAGGUCACGGCUCAUGUGCAUAUUCUUUUCGGAAAAACCAUCGUACAAUUUGACCUUCAU